UAAUUUUUUAUUUAUCAUGAAUAAUUACCCUCAGUUUUCUCGUCCUUAAAGCUAGUAAACCAUUAGAUCAGUCCUCUUUAUAAGCAGUUGAUACUUGUUAUUCUGAAUCUUACUCCCAAUUUUCUUGCCAUUUUCGAUCCUUUGCCCCCCCCCCCCCAAAAAAAAAAUGGGUGCCGAAGUUGAAGUUAAAGAUGAAGAAUCAAUCACCAAAUUGUCCACAAAAUCAAGAUUCAGAUACAAUUCCCCACUUGUUCAAGUCUCCCUUAUAGGCCUAGUAUGUUUUUGUUGCCCUGGAAUGUUCAACGCCUUAUCUGGUAUGGGAGGAGGAGGCCAAGUCAAUCGAACUGCCACCAACAACGCUAACACCGCCCUUUACACCACUUUCGCCGUGUUUGGUAUCUUAGGUGGUGGCAUUUACAACAUCCUCGGACCCCAUCUUACCCUUGCUGCCGGUUGUAGCACUUAUGUCUUAUACGCUGGUUCUUUGCUUUAUUACAACCACCAACCACACCAAGGUUUUGUUAUCAUUGCUGGUGCUUUACUGGGUAUUGGAGCUGGUCUUCUUUGGGCUUGUGAAGGUGCUAUUAUGACUAGUUAUCCUCCACCAAAUCGGAAAGGCACUUAUAUUUCCUUGUUUUGGAGUAUAUUCAACAUGGGUGGUGUCAUUGGUGGAUUGGUUCCUUUUAUUCUGAAUUACCAUAGAAACGAAGCAGCUUCUGUGAAUGAUGCUACUUAUAUUGGCUUCAUGUGCUUUAUGUCAGCAGGAACUCUUCUUUCUUUUGCUAUUUUGCCACCUAACCGUGUUGUUCGUGAUGAUGGUACACGUUGUACCGAUGUUAAGUACUCUAGUGUCUCUAAAGAAGCAACUGAGGUCCUUCAAUUGUUUACUAAUUGGAAAAUGUUGCUUAUUGUCCCUGCUGCUUGGGCUAGUAAUUUCUUUUAUACUUAUCAGUUUAAUAAUGUGAAUGCUGUUCUUUUUAAUCUUAGAACUAGAGGGUUAAACAAUGUGUUUUAUUGGGGGGCACAAAUGUUAGGUUCUAUUGGGAUUGGUUACAUUUUGGAUUUUAGUUUCCAAAGCAGGAGGAUGAGGGGUUUUGUUGGGAUUAGUGUUGUUGCUUUGCUUGGUACUGCAAUUUGGGGUGGUGGUCUUGCCAAUCAGCUUCCUUAUUCGCAUGAUCGUCCUCAAAGUGAAAAGUUGGAUUUCAAGGACUCUUCUUUUGCUGGUCCUUUUGUUUUGUACUUUAGCUAUGGAUUGCUUGAUGCCAUGUUUCAAAGCAUGGUUUAUUGGGUUAUAGGAGCCUUAGCUGAUGAUUCACAGACACUCAGCAGAUAUAGUGGAUUCUAUAAGGGAGUACAAAGUGCAGGAGCAGCAGUUGCUUGGCAAGUUGAUACACACAAGGUUCCGUUCCUUUCCCAGUUGAUUGUGAAUUGGUCACUCACUACUAUAAGUUAUCCAUUGCUGGUGCUUCUAGUUAUGCUAGCUGUAAAGGAUGAUAACAAGACUGAAGAUGAAAUUGUAAAUGAGGCUCCUGUUCCAUCUUCUAAUAAAGAUAUCAACAGUACUGCCAUCUCUACUUAGCUGUUAUUUGUUUUGUUUGUCUUUUCUCCCACGUUCCUGCCCUAAAUGGAGCAUCUUGUCUUUUUACAACAGUUGUUAUGUUUACGUUACCACGCCAUUAUUGUCUCCAUUAAAAGGAAAUUUAAGUUAAAUGCUACUGUGCAGAGCUUUCUUCACUUAAUGGAAUUCAACACUUUUCUCUCCA